AAGGAGCUGCUCUCCCUUCCCGCUGUAGCCCAGUCCCGGAUCAGGCACGGACUCCGGGGGCAUCCCUCGUGGCAGGCGGCGAAGAAGAGGCUUCGUGGCCGCUGCGCUUCGCCCCUCCUGCCAUGAAGCCCUGGCUCUUGCUCAGCCUUCUGCUCCUACAGCAAACGCUUCAGAGCGCUGUUGGUCAACCUGCAAAGAGCAAACGUCCAAAGGAACAUGGAGAGAACAGGAUUAAGCUGAGCAACAAAAAAGUCAAAACCAGAACUCCCAAAUUAAAAGAAAGAAAUUCCACAGAGCCUUCCCCAAAGGCCAGCUCCAUAAUGACACGAGUGAUGGAGAAGGGCCACUUCCAGAAACCCACGGCUACAUUAAACCUUUCAGCAGGUCAAAGUAUAGAGCUUCGGUGUAAAGGGAAUAGAAUUGGAUGGAGCUACCCUCCUUAUCUUGACACCUUUAAAGACACCAGGCUUAGCAUCAAACAACAUGAGAGGUACAGUCGGCUGAUCCUGGAAAAUGCCACUGCAGCAGACACCGGUGAAUAUAAGUGCUGGCUCCUGCUAUGCAAAGGCUACAAUUGUAAGAAGGAUGAGUCAAAAACAGGUUCAACGUACAUAUUUUUUGCAGAUAAAGAAGAAUUCUUUGUUCCUGCUCCCAGCUAUUUUGAAGUGGUGUACCUCAACCCAGAUAAACCUGCUGUGAUUCCCUGCCGAAUCACCAACCCAUCAGCAAAAGUAACUCUUCACCAAGAGUUUCCAGCAGAAGAAAUCAAAGUGGAUGGAACCAACAUUAUCUAUGAUGCCAAGAAGGGGUUCAUCUACCAACAUCCAACCUCUGAUCAGAAAGGAAUAGUUUACUGCAGAGCUGAAUCAUGGGGGACACUUCAGAUUUCUAUUAAAUACCAAUUGCUUUAUGUUGAAGUUCCUUACGGACCUCCUUCAACUACAAUCAAAGCAUCAUCUAAUAAAUUACAGGGUGGGGGUGAUGUUAAUGUUUUGUGCACAGUUUUGGGGCAGCCAGAUAUAGAAGUGGAAUUUAAUUGGAUAUAUCCAGGGCAACAAUAUAAAAGACCAGUAAAUAUCCAAGACUCUUGGAGGUUGAUUGAUAGAGGAGUUGGUCAUACUACAAGAAUCUCUGAGAGCAUUAUUACUGUUGAAGAUCUGGAAACCAUUGAUGCUGGAUACUAUGUAUGCAUUGCUCAGAAUCUUCGAGGACAAACCACAGUAGCUACUCAGGUUGAACUAAUCUGAGGUUUCCAGGCAGAUGGAACAAGAAAUAGACUGACUAGUUCCUGACUAGCUUUAAAACUGGAACAGGAAAUACAUUGGACCAAAAUCAUAAUAUAUUGAAUUUCAAUGAAUUAAAACUGAGCAUAAAAGAGACUGGCAACCAGCAUAGUACAAGCAUUUCAAAACUUUGCUGCAAGAAGGAAAUGUAUGGUUCAGAAUUUGCUUCUAUUGUUAAUUCCUUAGGUUGCCCUAGAGAUGCCAUCAUUGGGCAUCAGCCUUUGCAUAGCUCUUGCCGUUAUUUUCACUAUAGAAAUGCUGGUCAACUUUACAGAGCGUGAUGUAAAGGUUUACAUAAUAUCUCUACAAAGCACUAAACCUAAGAGAAUAAUUUCAUAUUUGUGUGUAUUUGUGUCUGCGUAUGAAUGAUACAUAUUCAACCUUUUUCUCCAACAGUAAUUUGGAGAGAUUAAUUUUUACAUGAUAAUGUAGUAUGAGUAUGCAAUAUUUUAGUUCUGUUCCUUAUGCUUGCUUGCAGGAAAAGCAAGCAAGUAACACACUUGUAAGGUUUAUUGACCAAGAACAUGUUUCUUAAUAGUUUAUUUCCUUAUCAAAAUAUCUAUUAUGUAUCCAUUGCCACCCAUUCCCAAGCAGAAUUUGUUCUUACCUAAAAUUGCUUUUAUAUUUUAUUUGAAGCCAUAGCAUAUAUGAAUUUUAACAUAUCUUGAUGGAUGGACUGUAGGUAGCAGCAUUUCAACUGAUGGUGGUGUCUUUAAAAAAACAAUUGCAUAUUAAAUAAACUCUUUUUCAAGUUU